UGUCACUGCGGGGAGUGCCUGUGGGGACACUGGCGUGGCGUACUGGGGUAGGACACUGGGCACUGAUCCAGAGCAGGGGGUUUGCCCAGGUGGGAUGGGGACAACGGGGACAUCUGCUCCCGCUCUGACCAGAUCCCAGCGGACACACCAUCCCCACCCCUCAACUCCAAACCCCUGGGGUCCACGGCAGAGCCGGACAUGGGGAGGGGUCCCGCUUCCCGCAGGGUGGCCGGGUGUCUGCCCCAGCCCCGGGUGGGGACAAAGCUGGGGGCUGCUGGGGCCGGGGCACCCCCCCGGCAGAAGUGCUGACACCGGGAGCCGCGGGAUGCUGAGCUCAGCCCGCCGCAGAUUGCAGGGGGUUUAUCGGGGGGGCCCAGCUUAAGCCCCGGGUGCUGAGCGCAGCCCCGGCAGGCGGCCCCGCCGCACCUUGGCCCCGUCCUUGUGGCACACCGGGCGGGCGGCGGGCACCGGAGCGAGCGCUGGAGGCGGCGGGAGGCUGGAGCUCGCUGCCCAUCCUGGUGCUGACCUCCAAGGAGCAGCUGGUGAAGCGCAGGGCUGCGGGGCUGAGCAUGGGAGCCGGGGCCAGUGCCGAGGAGAAGCACUCCCGAGAGCUGGAGAAGAAGCUCAAGGAAGACGCUGAGAAGGAUGCCAGGACCGUCAAGCUGCUGCUGCUGGGAGCAGGGGAGUCGGGGAAGAGCACCAUUGUCAAGCAGAUGAAGAUCAUCCACCAGGACGGUUACUCGCUGGAGGAAUGCCUGGAGUUCAUUGCCAUCAUUUACAGCAACACGCUCCAGUCCAUGCUGGCCAUCGUGCGCGCCAUGACCACCCUCAACAUCCAGUACGGGGACACGGCUCGCCAGGAUGAUGCCCGGAAGCUGCUGCACCUCUCGGACACCAUCGAGGAGGGGACCAUGCCUAAGGAGAUGUCAGAGAUCAUCGGACGGCUCUGGAAGGACUCGGGCAUCCAGGCCUGCUUCGACCGCGCCUCCGAGUACCAGCUCAAUGACUCUGCUGGCUACUACCUGUCAGACCUGGAGCGCCUGGUGACCCCCGGCUACGUCCCCACAGAGCAGGACGUGCUGCGUUCCCGCGUCAAGACAACCGGCAUCAUCGAGACCCAGUUCUCCUUCAAAGACCUCAACUUCAGGAUGUUUGAUGUGGGCGGACAGCGCUCGGAGAGGAAGAAGUGGAUCCACUGCUUUGAGGGUGUGACCUGCAUCAUCUUCAUCGCGGCUCUCAGUGCCUACGACAUGGUCCUGGUGGAGGAUGAUGAAGUGAACCGCAUGCACGAGAGCCUGCACCUCUUCAACAGCAUCUGCAACCACCGCUACUUUGCCACCACCUCCAUCGUCCUCUUCCUCAACAAGAAGGACGUUUUCCUGGAGAAGAUCAAGAAGGCCCAUCUCAGCAUCUGCUUCCCCGACUAUGACGGUCCCAACACCUACGACGAUGCGGGCAACUACAUCAAGCUGCAGUUCCUGGAGCUGAACAUGCGGCGGGAUGUGAAGGAGAUCUACUCCCACAUGACCUGCGCCACCGAUACCGAGAACGUCAAGUUCGUCUUUGACGCCGUCACUGACAUCAUCAUCAAGGAGAACCUCAAGGACUGCGGGCUGUUCUGAGCCCCAGCCGAGCACCCCCUCCCCUCGGGACCAGCCCCACUGCUGACCCCAUUCCACCUCCACAACCUUCUCCGCUUGCCCCGGACCCCUGGGAUUUGAUCUGCUCAGCUCCAAAGCCACCCCUGGUGAAGUGGGGAGGGGGGCGAGGCACGAUGUCACUCCCCCUCCCCACCAACUCUCCCACUGUGGGGCCCCCAGUUCUGCUGGGGGUCUCUGGGGCUCCAGGUCCUAGGGGUACCUGGAUGACCCCGGAUACUACAGGGUGCUGGAUGCUGCAGGGUGCUGCAGGUCCCUGGGUAACCCUCAGAGCUGUGGGGUAUGGGGGUUCCCUUGGGUGCUGAGGGUCCUUGAGUAUCCCUUGGAGCAGAGGGGUGUUUGGGGUCCUGGGUGUCCCUAGGUAUGUGAGGGAUCCUGGGGUGUCCCUGCGUUCCCUGUAGAGCUGGGGUUCCCAGAUGACCCUUGGCAUUGGGGAGACUGGGGGGUUUCGGGUGCCCCUUGGUGCUGGGAGUCCCUAGUACCCCUGGAACUGAGGGGUGUUAGGGGUUCCCUUGGGUGCUGGGGGGUCAGGUGCCCUCUGAAGCUCUGG